GGAACGUUCUCGUUCACAUCGAAGACUGCGAAGACAAGCUCAAAGAGCUCCGCGAGCAAAGUUCUCCCGUCUUUUUGAGGUCUUGCUUCUGCUCUCUAAGGACAGAAAGCUACGUUUGGUUAAAAAUUCUGCUUCAAAGAAUCACUAUUUGAAGAAUAAGUUCUGAGCCAAAUGCAGCCUAGUUUAGCUUUACUUACUUCUCUUCUGUACAUUUAGUUGACAAUAUGUCUCGUGUGUACGUUGGAAAUUUGGAUCCACGAGUGACUGAACGCGAACUCGAAGAUGAAUUUCGUGUAUUUGGAGUCCUGCGAAGUGUAUGGGUUGCACGAAAACCGCCAGGUUAUGCAUUUAUUGAUUUUGAUGACCGAAGAGAUGCACAAGAUGCAAUUCGUGAAUUAGAUGGUAAGAAUGGAUGGAGAGUUGAGCUCUCACACAACUCUCGUGGCCGUGGUGGUGGUCGUGGUGGUGAUCGUGGGCGUUCCGGAGGGUCUGACCUGAAGUGCUAUGAGUGUGGUGAGCCUGGUCAUUUUGCUCGAGAGUGCCGUUUACGUGUUGGUCCUGGAAGGCGUCGCAGCCGUAGUCCUAGAUAUCGUAGGAGUCCAAGCUAUGGUAGAAGGAGUUACAGUCCCCGUGGGCGUUCACCAAGGCGCCGCAGUGUGUCACCUCCUCGUGGUCGUAGUCGCAGCAGGUCACCGCAGCAUCAACGUGGACGUGAAGAAUCACCAUAUGCCAAUGGAAAUGCUGCUAAAGAUCGUCACAGGAGCAGGAGCUGAUUUUGAAAUUCCAACAUGACUUCGUUGUGAUUUGUGAGUGAACAUGGAUUAAGAAUGUCAAGAUGGUAACAGUACUUGGACUUCAUUGCAACUAUGUUUUAAUUGGGCAACGACUCUCAGCCUCAGACUUCUCAGAUUUGGAUAAGUUUCUUUCCUUCAUAUUUGUUGUCCUUAGUUUUGUUUUUAUUUUUUCUUAUCAAUGCACAUAGUUAUAGUUUCUUUAUAUACACCAGGGCCUUAAGGAAAAUUAUAACGAGGUAAAAGUCAAGAAUGUGACCGAGUUC